UGGCCCAAACGACUUUUCUGGGCGGAACCCAUGAUUGGCUAGCUAACGGCCAGUACUGUGGCCAGACAGAGCCCAUGGUCGCCAUGGCUCGACCCUUCGCGCUUUGGCAUUCCCUUUUCGUGUGCACGACCGCACUUACUGCGUUUGAUUCAGAUAUUUUGGGGUGCUUGGAGAAGGAUGAUUGCCCUGACUCAAUGCGCCUGCUGCAGAAGAGGUCAGAAACAACGCCAAAAGAUGUGCCUGCAAUUGCCAACACUGCAACAGAUACAGCAAAUCAACGCAUUCAGCGCACAGAAAGCUCUGCAGAAAGCUCUGCCGAAAGCUCCACAAAAAACUCCGCAGAAAGCUCUGGAUGUCAGGAAAUAGUUGAUCUCUCUGGUCAAAGACUUACAACCUGGCCUUGGGACGCGACAAAUUGCCAAUCCCUGCAGAUUCUCGAUUUGAGCAACAAUUUCCUCGAGGAUGUGCCAAAAUAUGCUUUCAGCAAUACUCCAAAUCUUCGAAUAUUGAGACUUAACAUGAAUCGCAUUACCUCCUUUCCUGCGGUGACGUCACUGAACAAGCUCUGGGAGCUGGACUUGAGCUUCAACAGUAUUGAGACUUUGCCCAAGGGAGCUCUGACAGAGAAUCGCCAGCUGACAACUUUGAAUCUGCGUCAUAACAAACUCACACAUUUACCAUCCUUUGACUACUGGCUUGGCCAGCAAAAUGAACUCAAUGUCUUGAUCUUAGCGAAUAACCAGAUUACUUCCAUCGAUGCCUCUGCGGCAGGCGGGACCGACAUUUUGGAUUCUUUGGAUUGGCUUGACGUAUCUGGCAACAAGCUGAGCUACUUGGGUGCAGAUUUUGCCAAAGACGUUAAGGGUGUGGACAACGUGGUGCUGACGGGAAACCCAUUCUCAUGUCGCGGAAUAGAUGUCAAUUGCAACACGAAAUGGGCAGUUGAAGACCAGAGCCGCUUAGCGCUGCCUGUGAAUUGGUGUUCAUUGCCCGCGUGCUAUCCAAAUUUGAUUAAGAACAAUGAGGGCCACAUGAACGAUAGCUUUUCGUGGGAGAAACCAGCUGUUGCAGUUGCUUGACUCUUAGCACCAGGUACAGCAAUUCGACCUCAGGCAUUCCACAAAGAUUUGGAAUCCUUUGGGCCUACCAGCGCAAGAGCCGUCGAUCGAAAUACAGUAAACUAAAAUAGACGAGCACGAACUUCCAGAACGUUCUUUGCGUUGUUGCAGAUGUUUAGACAAAUUGGUCAAGAGUUGCAG